UGUCCCUUUAAAUCGUUUAAUUCAUUCGCCGACGAAUAUUAUCUCGCACUAAAAGCGGCGUUGAUGCGGACUCUGCCGUUUUGGACCACAGCAACACUGUUUUUCUGAUAAAAGUAAAACCAACAUGGCAUUAUUAACACCUCUGUUCGCGUUUCUUUAUCAUUUGCCGCAGGUUUACAAAUGGUUACUAAAACCAUACUACAUCGCGUCGUUAUUUAUGUCCAUCGCGUUCGUGAUGAUCCGCAAAAUGCCCGGAGUCUGUGAACAUCUUUCGACGCAGCGCGAGGAUGGCAACUCGUGCGAUUUUGAUUGGAGAGAGGUGGAGAUACUGAUGUUCCUGAGUGCAAUAGUCAUGAUGAAGAACCGAAGAGCAAUUACCAUUGAGCAGCAUGUGGGCAACAUCAUCCUCUUCUGUAAAGUGGCCAACGUGAUCCUGUUCUUCAGACUGGACAUACGUUUGGGGCUUUUGUACUUGACCUUGUGUAUUGUUUUUCUGAUGACGUGCAAACCUCCUCUGUACAUGGGUCCUGAAUACAUCAAGUACUUCAGUGAUAAAACCAUUGACGAGGAGUUGGAGAAGGACCACAGAGUAACCUGGAUCGUGGAGUUUUUUGCUAACUGGUCACCAGAGUGUCAGUCUUUCGCCUCUGUCUAUGCUGAUCUGUCCUUGAAGUACAACUGUGCAGGCCUGAAAUUUGGCAAAGUGGACAUCGGUCGUUACGGUGAAGUAUCUAAGAAGUACAGGGUCAGCACCUCUCCUCUGUCAAAGCAGCUGCCCUCUCUGGUGCUCUUCCAGGGGGGAAAGGAGGUCAUGAGGCGCCCUCAGGUGGACAAGAAGGGACGAGCAGUGUCUUGGACCUUCACAGAGGAAAACAUCAUCCGAGAGUUUAACCUCAACGAGUUGUAUCAGAAGUCGAAGAAGCUCGGAAAGACCAAAGAGAAGUUGGAGAGGCCCAGUGAGCUUGUCUUUUCCACUGUCCCGGAAGAAGAAGAACCAGAGGCUGAAACCAUCAGUGCAAUGGACACAGAGAGCAAGAAAGACAAAUAAUAAACUGCAUGCGGCUGAAGAACACUGUCGAUCACCGCUGGCCUGGAGCAGAUCGUGCUGAAGCUCAGCAUGCGGAGAGAACGUUUGUAUGUAGUUAUCAACAGAAUGAUUGUUCUUUUCUUUUGUAUAACCUAUUAAUUUAAUUGCAAAAUCAGUCCAGUAAUAUAGCAAAUCCUAAUAUUAUUAUUAAUAAUCAUCAGUGUGCUGGAUACAGUACGCACAGGCAUUCAAAUCCAUAAUUUCAUACAGCGAUACUUGAUUUCUGUCAGCUAUUAUUGUUAAUCGACAAUUAAACAUUAGACAUCUACCUCUAAAAUGGCUUGUAAAUGUGAUCCCAGCAAGCAUUUUUUUGUACAUCUAAUCGAUAUCUUGGCUAAAACCAGGCUAAAUUUGGUCUUUCAGUGAAAAUCUAAUAGAUGUCUAACAACAGUCCAAAAAUAGACUAGUCAGCAGAUAGACGGGAAUGAAUGACUACACAUGGGAAGUCUGUCUAUUUGACGAUGAGUCUGUUAUUGGUCUAUUGUUAAACGUCCAUUCGAUUUUUACAGACAGACCAAAUUUAGCCUGGUUUUAGCCAAGACGUCAGUGUUUGGAUGUCUAUUAGACGUCUUUUAAACACAAAAAACAAUGAAUGUAUGUCUAUUAGACAGCUUUUAAACACAAAAAACUAUGCGUGGAUAUCUAUUAGACGUCUUUCACACACAAAAACCGAUGCAUAGAUGUCUAUUAUAUGUCUAUUACACAUCUUUUAAACACAAAAACCAAUAUGUGGAUGUCUAUUAGACAUCUUUUAAACACAAUGCAUGCAUGUCUAUUAGAUGUCUAUUUGACAUCUUUUAAACACAAAAAACAAUGAAUGGAUGUCCAUUAGAUGGCUUUUAAAUACGAAAACCAAUGUGUGGAUAUCUAUUAGACGUCUUUUACACAAAAACCGAUGCAUAGAUGUCUAUUAUAUGUCUAUUAGACAUCUUUUAAACAUAAAAUCUAAUGCAGGUAUGUCUAUUAGAAGUCUAUUUGACGUCUUUUACACACAAAAAAAUGAUGCAUGGAUGUCUAUUUGACGUCUUUUUCACACAAAAACCAAUGUAUCGAUAUCUAUUAGACGCUUUUACACAAAAACCGAUGCAUAGAUGCUAUUAUAUGUCUAUUAAUGCAGGUAUGUCUAUUAGAAGGUCUAUUAUAUACCUAAUGCAGGUAUGUCUAUUAGAAGUCUAUUUGACGUCUUUUACACACAAAAAAAUGAUGCAUGGAUGUCUAUUUGACGUCUUUUUCACACAAAAACCAAUGUAUCGAUAUCUAUUAGACGCUUUUACACAAAAACCGAUGCAUAGAUGCUAUUAUAUGUCUAUUAGACAUCUUUUAAACAUAAAAUCUAAUGCAUGUAUGUCUAUUAGAUGUCUAUUUGACGUCUUUUACACACAAAAAAGAUGCAUGGAUAUCUACUAGAUGUCUAUUAGACGUCUUUUAAACACAAAUCAAUGCAUGUGUCUAUUAAACGUCUAUUUGACGUCUUUUACACACAAAAACCAAUGCAGGGAUGUCUAUUUGAUGUCUUUUUCACACAAAAACCAAUGUAUGGAUAUUUAUUAGACAUCUUUUACACACAGAAACUGAUGCAUGGAUGUCUAUUAUAUGUCUGUUAGACAUCAUUUAAACAGAAAAACUAAUGCGUGGACGUUUAAUAAACAAAAACAGAUGCAUUGAUUUCUAUUAGAUGUCUUUUAAACAAAAACAGAUGCAUGGAUUUCUAUUAGACGUCUUUUAAACAAAAACCAAUGCAUGGAUGUCUAUUAGAAGUCUUUUAAGCAUACAAAAAAAAAAUGCUUGCUGGGACGUGAUCAUUUGUAAGUGGUGUAUUUAGUGUUGUGUAGCAUCACUGUUGGGGAACAAAUUUAUCAGUUUCUACUGUAUUGUUGAUCUUUUCAUUCCUUUUUCACUCCUUGUGUUGUUUUCUUUUUUUGUUUUUGCUCUCUGAUGUGUUUGUAUGAUGGUACAGAGUGCUUGACUCAAUUCAGUGAUCUGAAAAGGGAAGCUCUUGUCAAUAUUCAUGUCAUGAGAAUCUGUUCAAGAAAAAUGUUAUGAAGCAUAUGGUUACACUUUACAAUAGGGUUGUAUUAGUUAAUGCAUUUAUUAACAUGAACAAACAAUCAACAAUAGAGUAUAUUCAUCUUUGGUAUGGUUACUGAAAAUAAAGUUCAUUGGUAGUUCAUGUUAACUCACAGUGCAUUAACUGUUAGCAAGCAUGAAUUUGCAUUUUAAUGCAUUAGUAAAUGCAGAACUAUGAUUAAUACAUGCUGUACAUGGUUUUUAAUUAAUAGUUAAUGUUAGUAAAAGCUAACAUUAAUGAAGCCUUAUUGUAAAGUGUGACAGCUCAUAUUUCAUGAUUUUAUAGUAAACUUCAGUCACCUUUGACACCAAGACCAGACCCAGUACUGCUGUGAAAGUCUUAAAUAUGCGUUUUAUGUAUUACGUUUAUUAUUUGAAUUUGUUUAUUAGUGAUAAAUGAUUAAAGCUUUUAAUAUGUUAAUAUUUGAAACUGACAGGCACAGAAGAAAGCUGCUGGCAGUCUUCAUGUAUUACAAACUACUUCACGUCUGCAAAAAAAUUAGCAAUAUUAUUUUAACGCCCUAGUUGAUUGCCUAAAUGAUUAUUGUUUUUGUUUUUUUUCACUAAAUGUAUGGAAGAUGACCAAGUGCUAUAAGUGGUUGUGGAUGGAGGUUUUUAAUUUGCCAUUUCAAUAAAACUGCUUGUCUUGUUGAUCAUGUA